AUGCUCGACUGCCAUUCCCGCGUUCGCGACACCGAGCCCACCUCCCCAUCUCAAUCGAAAGAUCUCUCCACCAUGCAUCCUCCGGCCUCUGCACCUCGAACCUUCAAGCCCGAUGCUUCACUCGUCUUGGUUGGCAUCAGGGGCUGUGGCAAGCGCUCGCUAGGCUUUGUCGCGGCUACAGCCCUCAAACGGCGCUUUAUUACCGAAGACCAUUACUUCAAGGAAAUCACGGGCAUGGCACGAUCGGAAUAUCUCAAGCUCCACGGAAGCCAGGAAUUUCAACGUCGCGAUAUUGAGGUCCUCAAACUUAUGCUGGACAACCACCAAUCUGGAUGUGUGAUUGAGUGUGGACUGGGAAGUCUUACACGACCUGUGCAAGAUCACUUGCGACGCUAUUCCACCACGAACCCAGUGGUCCACAUCGUCCGUGACAUCGAUCGAAUUCAACAACUCCUAGGCCUCGAAGACCAGGCGGUACGGCUUCUGCGGGAUGGCGACCCCCUCCACCGAACAUGCUCCAACUUCGAAUUCUACAAUGUCGAGGACCGCACUCGCAUCAUAUCAGAUGACGGGAGUCCCGAUCCGCGAUCCGCUGCCUAUUCUUUCAAGUUACAAGAGGUCAAGGAGGAUCUCACCCGUUUUGUUCGCUUCAUAACUGGGGUCGAUGUCAACCAUUCAAGCUACGACUCACCAUUCGUCCUGCUGGAAACACCUCCAGAGCUUCGUUCCUUCACCCAUGCUAUCCUCGUCCGCUCCUCCGAUAUGAUUGAUGACAACGUGAGUUUAACAGAACUGGAAUCUGGCGGUGAUGCCAUUGAACUUUGCGUCGACCGUUGGGGGCCCGACAUGGCCAAUGUGAUCAGCAAGCAGGUGUCGCAAUUGCGCCGCAAUGCGCGGACUCCCGUGAUUCUCUCGAUCGACACAUCAACAUCUGGAAUCAGUGAGCAGGAUCAACCUGCGUCCUAUUUCAAAAUUCUCGAGCAUGGUCUUCGUCUCGCAGUGGAAUAUUUGGUUCUGGAUCUUGGCAAGGAUAAAUCCCAAUUAGCCGAUAUCAUUCGCGCCCGGGGUAAGACCAAGAUCAUCGGCCAGCACAUCUUUGAAUCAUCCUCAAGCGUGAAAUGGGAAGAUGAAGGUGCUGUUGCCCUCUACCAUGAGGCAGAGAAGCUUGGAUGCCAACUAGUUCGCCUCCUCCGAGUAGCAACCAAUCGCGAGGAAAACGCGACAGUCGUCGAGUUUGCCAACAAAAUCCGCUCGCUUUCGGGAGAGCACCCGCCACUGAUUGCCUACAAUAUCGGACGCCUUGGGCGGACAUCACAAGUGUUUAAUUCGAUUUUGACUGGGGUCACACACCCUGCCAUCACCCGAAAGAUGGAGAACGGGCGGGACUCCCAGAUUACGUCGCGCGACGCUGUCCGAGCACUUUUCCAGAGCUAUGUGCUUGAUCCGCUGAAGUUCUGUAUUCUCGGAGCCAGUGUGGCCUACAGUUUGUCGCCUGCCAUGCAUAAUGCGGCCAUCCAACAUUGCGGUAUGAGCCACGUUUACAGGAUUCCCAAGUCUCCGUCGCUGGCAGCGUUGGAUGAAUUGCGCCGGGAUCCAAAUUUCGGAGGGUCCAGUGUCGUCCAGCCGUGGCGAGUGGAAGUCUAUCACAAACUUGCAGCCAAAAGCCGGCAUGCCGAAGCCAUUGGCGCAAUCAACACAAUCAUGCCGCUGCGAGGACAUCCGGAUGGCACAAUGUUCACUCUCCAGGAGCAGGCUAGUCGACGCAACCAGGCAGGGCCGGUGCUCGGCUGGUAUGGAGAGAAUACGGACUGGGUAGGCAUCAUGACCUGCAUAACUCGCCAUCUGUCGCCUCGCAAUGCGAUCAGUGCGAAGACCACCGGUCUGGUGAUUGGAGCCGGCGGUAUGGCCCGGUCUGCCAUCUAUGCAAUGCUCCGUCUGGGCUGUCGAAAAAUAUUCAUCUACAACCGAACUCUUUCACGGGCGGAGGAAGUUGCCCGGCACUUCAACUCAUGGGCAUCUUCUCAGGUUGACUCGGCCGAAGUCGUCCUAGUUUUGCGUUCGACUCAGGAUGAUUGGCCUGACGAUGCCAGUCCACCUAGUCUCAUCGCCUCAUGUGUGCCCGCCGACCCGGACCGUAACGAGCCUCCGGCGAACUUCGAGAUGCCCCUGCAGUGGCUAGGAAGUCCAACUGGGGGAGUGGUUUUAGAACUGGCUUAUAAGCCUCUCGACACCCCUCUCCUACAACAGAUGCGUCGCAUCCGGAGUGAUACCGGACGGUCGUGGGUUUUAUCGGAUGGAUUGGAGAAUGUGAUUGAGCAGGGAAUUGCUCAGUUCGAAUUGAUGACCGGCCGCAAAGCCCCUCGAAGGUUGAUGACCCUGGAGGUCUUGCGUAACUACGAGGGCGACAGUGGACGAUUUGAUGAAAAGACGAUUCAGGCUCGACUGGACGGCGUUUGCUCAUAA